AUGAAAAGAAAACUUUCAGAACGCGACCAUCCUUCUCCCAGCGAGACACCGAUCAAAGUCAAGCAAGAAGACCAAUCCAUCGACUUUUCUCAAGAUGUCAAGAAGAAGCUGGGUACUGCCAGCCGGACUGGGACAGCAUGCGAUCGAUGCAGAACCACCGAUAGAAUAACUGGCAAAGCAACAGUGAGGGGAUAUGUAGAAAGCCUAGAGUCUCGGCUGGUAGAAUUGGAGAAUCAGAAUCAAGAGUUGCAAGCACAGGUCCGGUUGCUGGGUGGACACGUCAAGCCACUCUCAAGGAGCGCAACGUCGUUGUCUGAUCGAUUACCUCGUACUGCGAACGGCACGCCCACAUUGCGCCCGCAAAGCUCAUUUAGCAGCCUUACCGCUUCAGGUCUCCCACUCAGAGGGUCUUCGCAAAACCGCGUAGAGACCACACAGCGUUCAGAAAAUGUGAACGGCAUACUCGGUGAUCGCGGUCGCCUUGAUGACUCCAGGAACGCUCCUGGUGGCAAUACUUAUUUCGGUAUAUCGAGUGGAAACAGCCUGCUCAGUACUGUGCGUGGCACGUCUAUGAAUGUCCUAGGUAUGGAGAUCGAUCUCACAGACUAUCUUUCUCCUGACAUUGAUGAACCUGAUCCGUCACAUGCCGGUCUACGACUCUACAACAAGUCGUAUCAUGCUUUCGUGCAGACGGCCUUUGGCUGGGGUCCCAAAGUGCUCGAGGUCAAGCUGCCGCCGAAGAGUGAGGGCUUUCAUUUUGCUGAAAUUUUCUUUCGCAUAACCCAUCCUUUCUGCCCAGUGGCUCACAAACCAACCUUCAUGAAAUUACUCAACCGCAUGUAUGACGACCCGACAUUCAAGCCUUUAGAUGCGGAGACGGCCUUGGUACAUGCGAUGUUCGCUACAUGCUACUGGCAAUUUGCGUCCCGCAAUGCCCGUGACGCAGAACAUCAAAAAGAACUUAAUGCCUCUUCUAAUCUUCAUUACCAUUAUGCACUUGGCUUUUUUCCCCAGCUAAUGGCAAGCCAUAAGCUGGCUGAUGUCCAAGCACUGGCAUUGCUAUGUAUUCACCUGAGAAACUUUCCAAAACCUGGUGCUUCAUGGAUGCUGACCUCGAUCACUUUAAAUCUGGCCAUUGAGCUUGGCCUUCAUCGAUCAGCGAAAAACUGGCCUGCGACAGUGAAGCGAAAUUUGCUCGAGAUUGAAAUUAGGAAGCGCGUCUUCUGGACUAUCAACUGGAUACACGUACUCGUUGGUGGCAGUCUUGGAAGACCGAUGGCUCUAAAAUCCGGAGACUGGGAUGUUGAGAUGCCUGAGCCGAUCGAUGAUGACCUUCUCAGUGAGAACAGUAUGGACACAAGCGCACCCGGCAAAUGCAACUUUACUGUUGGGAUGGAAAAUUUCAAGGUGAUGCCUAUCUACAUAGAUCUCUACAAUAACAUCUAUGCGGUCACACGAACCCCUCAGGAUUAUGAGGCAAUGGUGCGAGACUUGGAGAAGAGAAUUGAAGAGUUCAAGAAAGGAUGGCCUCGCGAGCUCGUUGACGAGUCUGCUGCUGAAAAUGAACUUGGUCGUAUUCAUGUGCAAUAUCUCUAUCUCUGGCAACUACACAUCCGUCUAUUGUUGCGACAUCCAUCGUUGUCUUUGGCAUCGUCCAAGCAAUUAAACGCGGAGAAUCUUACGGUAUGUCUAGAAGUCUCCAAAGAAAUUCUCGAACACGUCAAGAUUUUGCAAAAAUGGAAAGGUAUGGACAUCACGUGGCAGACGUUUGCUCUGUUCGUACUUGCAAUAGCUACAACGUUAUAUGGUCAUUGCGAACGAAAGGCUCAGAUAAGCUUGCGGGAUCUCGAAAUUCUCAAGCAGGACAUGAGGGACUGGCUUUGCAUAAUUUUCGAACUCGACAGUCUUCUCGGAGCUGGAAAUCGUCUCGCAAAUCGUGUGAAUCAGCUUGUCAGCGAAACGCUCACUGAGCUUUCCCAACAUAUGAUCGCCAGAGCUGCACCUCCACCACAUGUUCCGCAAGCAAGUAAAGCGUCUACGCAAUCAUCUAUACAACUAGACCAAAUUCCUAUAAACAACAGCUAUCAAUCUUACCCGCAUUACUCGCGAAUGAACAGUAACGGCCAAGCCAAAGCUUCUACGCCUGAAAAUCGCUACGUCCAAACAAGCUCGGACCUGGUGCAAGCUUAUCCAAAUCCACAGCAAUACGCCUACCAAGCGCCAUACGAGAGUAGUCGCAACAAUUUUGCUCCGAGCCUACAGCAAUCGAAUCCGUUAGCUACCACCGCUACUGCAGCCAACGCUUACAUGUCUACUUACCCGCCAAAUACUUUUCCGAAUAAUUAUCCUUCACAAAACUCGGACCCAUAUCAGAUCCCAGGAAGUCCAAGUUCAUGGCGUCAAUUUACUGGCAACGUCUUGCCCAACUUCGAAAAUGCCCCCUCAGACUUCAUGUCUUCUGCGUCGGCGCUAAUGCAAAUGGGUAGCAGUGGAACCUCGGACAUGAACAUGCCACAAGGCAACACGUCUGGGGAUACCGCACUGUGGCCUUGGGUUGUCUCGGAAUACAAUGCAGGUAACGGAUAA